GGAACACGUAUCUAAUACAACAGAGUUAACAUCCGGCUUAAUCAAGAGCGUCGCUACCAGCACUAAAGCUGAUCCCUAGCCGAUAGAGAGUCUUUUCCGGAAACAAUAGAGAUGACAAGUCCUGGCAAGAACGCCUCUCUGGGAGCUCUAGUUAGAAUAGGCAGUUGCAAGAAAGCCACCUCCCCGUAAUCACCUGCCUUGGUGGCUGUGACGAUUGCCAUCAUGUCGUAUGCCUACCUCUUCAAGUAUAUUAUUAUUGGUGACACAGGUGUGGGAAAGUCAUGUCUGCUUCUUCAGUUUACUGAUAAGAGGUUCCAGCCAGUUCAUGACUUAACAAUUGGAGUUGAGUUUGGUGCACGCAUGAUAAACAUUGAUGGGAAACCUAUCAAACUACAGAUAUGGGACACGGCUGGACAAGAGUCAUUUCGUUCAAUUACAAGAUCUUAUUACCGAGGUGCUGCUGGGGCCCUGCUAGUGUAUGAUAUAACAAGACGGGAAACCUUUAGCCACCUCACAUCCUGGCUAGAAGAUGCUCGGCAACAUUCCAGUUCAAAUAUGGUCAUAAUACUGAUUGGAAAUAAAAGUGAUCUUGAGUCUCGUAGAGAUGUUUCUAGGGAGGAGGGGGAAGCUUUUGCUCGGGAACAUGGUCUCAUUUUUAUGGAGACCUCUGCCAAAACUGCAGCUAAUGUGGAAGAGGCCUUCAUUGACACUGCCAAAGAAAUUUACAAAAAGAUCCAGCAGGGACUGUUUGAUGUGAAUAAUGAGGCUAAUGGGAUCAAAGUUGGACCCCAGCAAUCAAUAAAUGAGCCCCUUGGAAGUGGAUUAAGACAAAGCCAAAAUGAAGGUGGAGGAACUUCUGGAUGUUGCUGAAGCAAACAAUAUUAUCACACUAGAGGAAUUCCUAAACCCAGCUUCAUGCACGCUACAUCUUUUUAUCACACCUCUUUCUGCCUGUUACAUAUCAGACUUUCCUUCAUUCCUAUCUCCCCAUCACCUAAUUAUAAGGGAAUCUGUAUAUAAUGUUCAUGGCCUUUCUUUGUUUGUUUGUUUGUCUGUCUUUUAAGUUUUACAUAGUUCUUUUGCCUUUCUUUUUUAUUCCAAUCUUCAAAUGUAAUGCAUAAGAAAUUACACAAAUGGAAUAUCCUUGUGCAAUGAUAAGAAGUACAUUAAUAUGGACACUACAUUUCAAACGAGUUUGAAACCCAAAUAAAAAUGCGGGUGACUCUAUAUCAUGUGUUACAGUUAGGUGUUGAGUAGAGAUUGUUGGUUUAUUUUAUUUUUUUAAGGAGCAGUAAACUGUUUAUUUUUUUGUUACUGGACUUAAUGGGCAUAAUGUUGUCCUUUUAAUGAAAAUUGUUACAUUUUCUCUUAUUUUAUUUGUCAUAAACUCUGUAUGUAGUAACAUUCCCUUUUCCUAAUGCGGGUACAAAUCGUUUGUAUGCUUUGAGUGCCAGGAGAAAUCAGCAAUGCCUGGAAAUGUAGUGCAUUGCCAAAUCAUUUCCAAUUCAGCUGUAUAAGUAAUCUUAUCCUUUUGCCUAUAUAGAUUUAAAUGAAGGAUCUCCCAGCAAGCAUUGCAUCUCACCAAUAAAUACUGAUCACCUUCCAA